UUUAUCCUGAGGCUUCACUACCUACAAACUGAGUUAGUUAACAAAGUUUCAGUGUGUUAUGUUUGGAAAAACCUUGUUUUUUGACAAAAUGUCAUCAAGUUCAAGCUUAGACAGCUCUUCAGUGUCAAAUAAAACCGAUAAAAAGAAACAAUCGAAACACUUUAAGGUCCAAAGGCGCGACACCCUUCACAGUAACACAGGUCGUUACCUCGUCCUGGACUUCAUUGGUGAAGGAUGCUUCGGCAAAGUUGCCAAGUGUGUGAAUUUAGUCACAGCAAAGAACGUAGCCCUGAAGAUCCUAAAAACUGAGCAUAGUGCAGACGCUAAAAGAGAGAUCAACAUGCUUGAAGUCGUGAGCGUUCUUGACCCCGUCAAAAAGAACAUUGUAUGGUUCUUCGAAAGGUUCGAGCAUGAAGGUCAUACCUGUCUAGCUUUUGAGAUGCUAGACAGGAGUCUUUAUCAGCUGAUCACUGAGAGACAUCGGAAUCCACUGUCUCUCAGUGAGAUACGGCCAAUUGCAGAGCAGUUACUGAUGGCCUUUGACGCCCUGAAGGGAAUUGGAGUCAUUCACUCUGACCUGAAGCCAGAUAACAUAAUGCUGGUGAACCAUCAAGAAGAGCCCUUCAAGGUUAAAUUAAUAGAUUUUGGCCUAUCCCGCACUACUUCUGAGGUGAAACAUGGUAUGAAAAUCCAGCCUCUGGGUUACAGGGCACCUGAAGUCACCCUGGGCCUCCCCCUCUCUGAGGCAAUUGACAUGUGGGGUCUCGGCUGUGUGCUCACCUACUUGUAUGUGGCCAAACACCCAUUUGCAAUAAACUGCGAGUAUCAGAUGAUGAGGAACAUCGUUGAGAUACUGGGCCAGCCAGCUGACCACCUCCUCUUUGCUGGCAAAUACAGCCAGAAGUUUUUCAGGCUUUCCCAGCACUUUGACUAUGCAAAAUGGUGGCUGAAGACUCCAAGGGAAUAUAAGCUCACUACCUACAUAGAGCCUAAAGUAUGGAGGAGAUCAUUUAAAUGUCUGGAUGACUUGACAACACUUUACCCAGAGACACAAGAGCCCAUUGAAUUAGAAGAUCGGAGAGUGUUCGUGGGCCUACUGAAAUGUCUUCUGGACAUGGAUCCAGAGAGGAGAAUCACUCCUGGGGAGGCUCUGAAACAUCCAUAUGUCUCCAUGGCUCAUCUGGCUGAUGAGAUGGACACCAGCUCAUAUGUGGACAAGUCCUUCAAUAAAAUGCUGGUCUGCCUGAUGGAUGAUAUGGAAGAGAAACUAAUUGAUAGUAAGGCCGCAGUUGAAGGUACUCCAGCCAUCAUGUGUUCAAAUGACAAAGGCUCAGCUGCUCCUCACUCCCAGGACAUCAUUUCAAACACGCCUUCCUCAACUGAUGGAGCAAAAGUUGUUGGAGUUGUAAAUACUGGUGGCUCAGCUGAAGCAGGAACAGCUGCUGAUGGGUCAAGUGACCAAGAUGCAGCUACGACUGGUCCAACUAAAGAAGGAUCAGCUGCCGCAAGUACUGGUUUAGCUCCAGAGGGACAAGCUGCUGAUGGGGUAAAGGACCAAGAUAAAGCUAGUACUGGUCCAAGUAAGGAAGGAUCAGCUUUCGCCAGAAAUGAUUUAGCUCCAGAGGGACCAGGUGUUGCUGGGGCAAAGGACCAAGAUGAAGCUAGUACCGGUCCAAUUAAAGAGGGAUCAGCUGCUGAUGGGUCAAGUGACCAGGAGGUAGCAACGACUGGUCCAACUAAAGAGGGAUCAGCUGUCGCCAGUACCGGUUUAGCUCCUGAGGGACCAACUGCUGAUGGGGCAAAGGACCAAGAUGAAGCUAGUACUGGUCCAAGUAAAGAGGGAUCAGCUUCUGAUGAGUCAAGUGACCGUGAGGCAACCACCACUGGUACAACUAAAGAAGGAUCAGCCGCUGCCAUGACUAUAUCAGCUGCAGAGGGACCAGUUGCUGAAUGGGCAAAGGACCAAGAUGAAGCUAGUACAGGUCCAACUAAACAGGGAUCAGCUGCUGAAGGGUCAAGUGACCAGGAGGCAGCCAUGGCUGGUAAAAGUAAAGAGAGAUUAGCCACUGCCAGUACUCAUUUAGCUCCAGAGGGACCCGCUGUUGCUGGAGCAAAGGACCAAGAUGAAGCUAGUACUGGUCCAACUAAAGAGGGAUCAGCCACCGCCAUGACCGUAUCACCUCCGCAGGAACCAGCUGUUGAUUGGGCAAAGGACCAAGAUGUAGCCUUGACUGGCCUGGCUGAGGAGACAGCGGCCAACUACGGGUCACCUGAUGAUGAUGCACCUGUAAAAUGCGGAUGCGGAAAUUCUUCGGCAGGGUUAUUCGGACCUUGCUUGGAAAGAAAAAGUAAACAAAAUAAUUUCAUUAAAAUGCAUCUGUAGGGGAAAGUCCCCUCAUGACUUCGAAUGCAGACAGUACAACCCUCAAGCUACAAGACCAGCUCUUUCUUCAACCCCCCAGGAAUGCUGGCUAACAAAGACAUCAGUGAUAUUUACACCAUCCUACAAACAGUAACAAUAGAGAUAAGAACCCAACCGGUCAAGGCAGAUGGCCGCCCACUUAGAGCCUGGUUCUGCUCGAGGAUUCUUCCUGUUAAAGGGAAGUUUUUCCUUGCCGCUGUCGCCAAGUGCUUGCUCAUGGGGGAACAUUGGGUCUCUGUAAAAAUAAGAGCACAAUGUAGACCUGUUCUAUGUGAAAAGUGCCCUGAGAUAACUUCUGUUGUGAUUUGGCGCCAUAUAAAUAAAAAUUGAAUUGAAUU